UUCACGUGAUACGUCUAGUCACUGCAUCACGUGACUCUGCUAGCAGGACAAUAUGGCGGACGUGGAGGCGUCUAAGUCUCUGAGCGGCUUGUUGAACGGAAUCGCUCAGAAGGUUUAUUACGACAACCGAGAGAUCACAGAGCAGCUGCUGAAGCGCGAGCUGUUCCCGGAGCUGCCGCAGGACGAGUUCACGGCCCUGCACGACAAGAUGGCGUCUCUGCUCAAGUCCGUGGCCUCGGCAGACAUGGAUCCCGUCCAGCUUGAGGCCUUCCUCACGGCUCAGACGAAGAAGCACGGCGGAGGUGGGGUGAGCGCCGAACAGGCCGCCGCCCUGUCCCGCUUCUGGAAGAGCCAUCGGACCCGGGUGAGGGAGAGCCUGCUGGCUCAAAGCCGCUGGGAGCCGGCGCUCAGGGGCCUCUGUUGGAGGGUGGACCUGCAGACUGCAGCCAGGCAGGGGGACGUGAGCCACAGUGGUCCAGUGGCCCUGAUGGAGCUGGAGCUGGGCAGAGCUGGACAGGAGUCUGAGUUCCUGUGCUUGGAAAUGGAUGAAGCCAGCAUCAAUCAGGUGUUGAAGAAGAUGGCUGACAUUCAGCAGAGCGCCGACCGCUUCGUUCACCGCACCUAGUGACGCUGUGGUUUGGUCCAGCAGCCGGAAAGGGUUCAUUCAGCACAAUGGAGAAAUGGGAGCUGUUCAAACAUGCAGCAAUGGAUCCAACGUGUCAUUUGCACUUUCUACAGACUCAACCGACAUAAUGUUUAUAAUGUACAGCUUAUUCACCAUCCACAUUCAUUUCAAAGGGAAACACUUGCCCACAUGAUUCCAAAUAUGCCGUUUCCCUUUUAACAGACCUGAGCUCCUGCUGGUCUAAACCAGCGUGUUUGUCCCAGUAAAGGAAACGAUCUGCAGCAAUGUGAUGCAGAGAGCAAGACCCACGUCUGCGCACUAGCAGGCUCUUACAGGCUCUUUGCUCAAAACCCAGAGAACUUCCAGUGUGGACCAAUGCGACUGGGAGCAGCUCCGGUCUGUUCAAACAUGAGCUGCUGAGGUGGAUGCUGGGAACACGCGCCUCCAGCCUGCAGCAUCUUUUAUUCUAUUAGUAACUGUUUAGUUUGACUCCUGUCUGUGUAAAAUGGCUCUGUGUUCACAGAGGACGCCACAUUGCUUCAGAGGUGGAUGACAGUGAAUUAUUAUCUUACACAAUAAAAGGCUGAUAUCAGCUUGAUAAGGAAA